AUGGGUUCCAUCGCUCAAAAUGUGGCCGAGCUCGACGGCUCGAGCUUCAACAUCACCAGAUCCACCAACCUGCGGGAUGUCCCUCUCCCUGGCUCUCCAGAGGAGCUGAGUCACUCAUACUGUACUGACCAUAUGGUCACCGUGAGGUGGACAGCAGCCAAGGGCUGGGAGACACCUGAGGUGAAGCCCUACCAGAAUCUUAGCAUCCCGCCGACAGCUUCCUGCCUUCACUACGCGACAGAGUGCUUCGAGGGUAUGAAGGUGUACCGUGGCUACGACGGCAAGCUGCGUCUAUUCCGUCCUGAUCUCAACGGCGAACGCCUAAACUCCAGUGCGCUGCGAUCUUCACUCCCCAGCUUCAAGUACGACGAGCUCAAGAAAUUGGUUGGCAAGCUGAUGCAAAUUGACGGCGCACGCUGGCUACCCAAGGAUCGCCCCGGCUCAUUCCUCUAUAUCCGUCCUACUUUGAUUGGCAACGGUGCUCACCUUGGCGUCCAAGUCCCCAAGGAAGCCCUGCUUUACAUUAUCGCUGUCCCCUGGCCUGAUUUUACCAAGAUGAAGAAAGAAGGUCAGACCGAGCCUUCGAAGGGAUUGAGACUGUACGCUUCGAACCCCAACACUAUUCGUGCUUGGCCAGGCGGCUUCGGAUACGCCAAGCUCGGUGCCAACUACGGCCCCUCACUACAGUCGCACGGACAGGCACAGGCGUUGGGCUUUGACCAGAUCCUUUGGCUAUUCGGAGAGGACCGACAGGUUACUGAGGCCGGUGCUAGUAACUUCUUUAUUAUUUGGCAUAAUGCUGAUACGGGCAAAUUGGAACUUGUGACUGCCCCACUGGAGAACCAGUUGAUCUUGCCUGGUAUCACCCGACGCAGCGUCUUGGAUUUGGUUUCUGAGAAGCUUUCUAAGAAGUCGGUUGGUUCUCUGGAGCCAUUGCAGGUUGUGGAGCGGACUUUGACUAUUGGGGAGAUUGAGAAGGCUGCGGUUGAGGGUCGGAUCGUUGAGUCUUUUGUUUCGGGUACUGCUUAUUUCAUCACUCCCGUUGCGAUGAUCCGCAACAUUGAAACCGAUAUCAGUACUUUGGGUCCGAAGGGCGAGGCUGCGGGUUAUGCUGCGCAGAUUAAGUCUUGGUUGGAGGCUAUCAUGUACGGCACGGAAGAGCAUGACUGGGCCUAUAUUGUUGAGCAUGAAGAGAAAUAG